AUGACUGUCCAGAAACUCGUGGCCACAGCCGUGCUGGCCGCCCUCGUCUCUCUCAUCCUCAACAAUGCAGCAGCCUUCACCCCAAACUGGGUGUACCAGACACUGGAGGACGGGCGCAAGCGGAGCGUGGGGCUCUGGAGGUCCUGCUGGCUGGUGGACAAGGGCCGGGGAGGGCCAGGCCCCGGGGCCAGGGCCGGGCAGGCAGAUGCUCGGGACUGCGAGGUGCUGGGCUGGGGCUCUGAGUCGGCGGGCUUCCAGGAGUCUCGAGGCACCGUCAAACUGCAGUUUGACAUGAUGCGCGCCUGCAACCUGGUGGCAACGGCGGCGCUUGCGGCGGGCCAGAUCACCUUCGUGCUGGGGCUGACGGGCCUGCCCCUGCUGUCGUCCGACUCCCAGUGCUGGGAGGAGGCCAUGGCCGCUGCAUUCCAGCUGGCAAGUUUUGUCCUGGUCAUUGGGCUGGUGACUUUCUACAGAAUUGGCCCAUACACCAACCUGUCCUGGUCUUGCUAUCUGAACAUUGGUGCUUGCCUGCUGGCCACCCUGGCAGCCGCCAUGCUCAUCUGGAACAUUCUGCACAGGAGAGAAGACUGCAUGGCACCCCGGGUGAUUGUCAUCAGCCGCUCCCUGACGGCGCGGUUCCGCCGUGGGCUAGACAACGACUACGUGGAGUCACCAUGCUGA